UAGUCCAAAGCUCUGAACUAGCCAUAGUCAAUUUUUCCUGCUCGGCCGUCGUCUGAAAUGUACGAAGAAUGUGACCGUGUCGUGUGAAAAGAAAGUUUAAAUCAUUUUCCGUGGUGCGAGUGUCCAGAUUAUUAACAUAAUUUCAAUCAAAAGCAUUGCGCUAUUCUAUAAUUGAAACGAAUAAAAGGUGAAACUAGGUUGAUAAGUACGCUAAAUAGGUCAGCUAUGAAAAGACAACGAUACUAUAUUGGCGAUAUUGUUACAUAAAUAAGUGUUAAGUGCGUGCCUGUGCGCGAGAUCUAUGCAAAUUGGCGUUGCAAUUCCAGAACAUCAACCAAUCCAAGGCCUCUUUUGCACCAAUAGACACCGAGAAUGGAUAAUAAUGUUGUUCAGAUGCAGAAUCAGGAAACAGUUACCAAUGAGUCUGACAAUGUCCCAUCCCCGAGAAAGCAGAAACGGCUGGGGCCAGCUCCCAUUGCAUCCAUGGAAGAAACUGUGACCGAAGACCGUAACAGAAUGGAUGGUUCCGCGGGCCAGAGCCACAAAUCUCGCUGGUACAAUGCGAAGGAGUGCGAAUCGCCAAAAAAGCAAUCACCACCUAACACAAUCGGCAGCACAAGUGCCCUAGCCCCAACUACCCCGCGCAUAGAUAUAAGUAGAGCAUCGUCACACUCGUCGCACCACGACAGCCGCGAUAGCAGCCCGGAGAAUGUUUUUGAACAGGUUGGCACUGGAACAUUGCAGGACUCGGGUGUUCUUGGCUAUAGAGAAGAGGGAACGAUGGAUCUACGUAGCUCAACAGAAGAGCUUCAAUUCAUGGAGCCCGAGAAAGGGAGAACUGAGCGCGAGAAACCACAAGCACCGAGAUACUCACCAAACCUUUUCAAAUUCGAAGAACAACACCAAUUUGCAUUGCAUCAUCAACGAAAAGAUUCAGCCAGCUCUGAGGUGGCUUCAUUUUUGUGUAUAUCUGGUCGUACGAGUAGAAUUUCUAGUGUCGGUAGCCAAGGGUCUGCUAACAGUAAGCUAUCGGCCGUUUCCGGUGUGUCGGGCAUUUCUCGAUCACCUUCUCCGCAUCGUAUGCUUCUGGAAACAUCAUUCUGCGGCCCUAAGCCACUGCAAGGGAUAACUGAUGGCAGCAUACCGAGCAGCAUUGAGCCAUCGACGGCUCGCAUGCUCGAGCAAGUCAUUCUUUCGCGGAAAAAAGAUCCUACUGAGGCUGUAUUAGCCGAAGGUAUAAAUGUAGACACAUCGUUCACAAGCAAUGCUUUGCCAAAAAGCAAUAAUAUACAAGAAGCUGAAUUGAUGAGAAGGAAAUCAGAUAGCAACGCUAAUACUAGCCGAAAAGAAGAAAUGAUACAACUACCACCACAGACUAGCAGAAGCAUUUCGAAUAAACGUUACAUUCCUCCAACGGAUUUAUCUAAGCCAAUAGUGGGAAUGAUGCCAAGCGGAAUUGAAUAUAUACGAAUAAAUUUGAAACCUGAUCAUUGCUACAGCGACAACGGUAUUGCUGAUAACGAAAGAAUCAUAGAAGAUGACCAACGGAAGCCUAAUUCUUUAAAUUUAAGGGAAGGAUCUUCUUCUAGAAAAGCUGACCCAAGUGUCAGUCCUAAGCCAUCGCGUCACAAGCCGAAUCGUGAAAAUGGGAGCAGAUCGCCUUCCCCAGCCAACACUUUAUUCUCAAGGAAAAGUUCCUUUUGUUCUAUUUUUAAGCUUAAAGAUUCUGCCAGUCCAGAUUCGCCUGGCACGGGACAUAUUCGCAAAAAGAGUGGAUCCAAUACUUCUUAUGGCGAAUAUCAGGAGCGGUCCCGAAGUAAAAGUAAGGAACGAGAUCCGACAUCUCUCAACACGACACCAAGUAAACAAAAGUCUGUUCUGGCCAUUUUCAAACCUAAGAAAAAUGGCACUAAAUCUAAAUCUCCAUCGCCCAUUGAUUCUGGUCCACGUGGCUCUUUAUCCAAUGUCGAAUUCAAGUUCAAAAGUGACACUCAAAGUGUUGUUUCCAAUCCUCGACCAAACUUGAGAUAUUAUGAUACUCCUCUUGACGGCACAAGCAUACACAUUCCACUUCACACUCCACCGGAAGAAAAACAUUUAAAAGGAAUGCUAACCACAUCUGCCCCAGCGACAGCAUCCGCACCUUCAAGCAUGGCUAUGAUGAGUCUUAAUGCAGAACCGGAUGUUUCGCAUGGUCGAGUUUCUCCAUCAACACAAUCAAUGAAGCUGAACAAUAACUGCACGGUCACGAUUCAUCCCCGACCCAAGCCAAUGCCGCCCCUCAAAUGCUAUCGGAUCGAAAAUCCCGACGGAAGCAUAACAAUACCGCUGAAAUCUCCUACUGAAGAAAAGGAACGAGACAGUAUAUGGAGUUUGGAAGUGCAGCGUAACAGUUCCCAAGAAAGUCAAGAUACGGUGAUAUCCGCUGCAGUGCAGCAAACCUCUAGCAAUACCUUAAUAGUUAAUACUAAAAAUGCCUUACCUGCACUCAAUAUGCAAAAUGGUGCCACUCAACCCUUGCCCGAUGAAGCAGAAACUGCACCUCACCCGUCUAUACCCUCAGAUAUAGUUAAUUCCGACGAAACGAAACAAGCAGCUGCAAUAGCCACGAUGACUGCUAAAGAACGCAAACAGUUGCUGUUUUCCAUGAAAAUGGGAUCAGGUAGUCAAGACCAGGUCUUCACUACCCAAUUCAGUGUUUCUAAAACCGAAAGUCAAUGCAGCCAGCUAUCGGAAAUGGUAUCGAAUGAAGCAGUUAUUAAAACCGAAACGUCGGAACAAAUAGAAAAUGCACCAAACGAAAUUUCGCCACCAAUAAUUUAUCGCAAUAAACAAAUCGAGAACGUGAAAAGACGCAGUCCAAAAGAAAGAAACAGUCGUUCAGAAAGUUUCUCAGGCGAUGGGAUAGAUUUUCAUCGCCAUUCAAGGUAUAUCGAAAAUGCAGAGGAAAUUUUAAUUGCCCAACAAAAAGCGGAGGAAAACAGACGGAAAACUGAACUAAACACUACAGUAAGCGAGGAGUCAUCCAUUUCACAAGAUACGAGCAGGGAAGAAUCGACGGUGAAAAUGUCGUCAAGAAAUAAGAAUACGCUCAACAUUCCUGAUCGAAAGUCUACUGCUUCCAACGAUGAACAAGGGAUUUCGUCCGAAAGCGAAAAAGAAUCCGAAAUGGAUUCAACCAUUUCUCGAAAAAAUGUACACCCAAGUAUGCUUGCCAUAGAAGAUCAUGAGAGCGCAGGCCUUGUGCUGCAAGAAUCGUUCGACGAUGAACUACCAUACAUUCCAACAACGCUGCCGGAAGAAAGAACGGUCGGUGUCAAAUUAGUACCAAUGAAGGAUAGAGCCCAGAUGGAAAUGAAAAUGUGUCCUUUGGAAAGGCCAAGAUCCACAACACCAAUUCACCCUGCAUCCCUGGAAAACUACUGUGGUAUAACUACAGGAGAGGAUGGAGAAACACAUUUAGUCCGCGGAGAAAAACUACGUAUUAGCUUACCGCGGAAGUGCGACACAUCGACCGAUAGGGCGCCCAAAACACGUUCGCCACGAAAAACCUCUAUUUCCUCUGGCAAAAAUUGGUUUGAGUUUGCCGAACAAGGUAUCGGAAGCACUAGCCAGGCACAGCCUUCAAUCAACAGUAGCAAUGGCGACCAGACGACAGUGACAGAGGAAGAACCGCCGCCGCCACUGCCGCCCAGAAAAUCCCAACAAUGGAUCGAUUUCGAGAGCAUCCCUGAAAAGCGAAAAACACCCAAGCGUAUCACAACGGUCCCGCAGAGGGAAGCAUCAAUCGAAACCAAUCAAGUUGGUGGUGUUAUGUAUAACUAUGUCAAACCGGAAGAAUGCCAAUGCGAGUGCCACGAAAGCGAACGCGAAGGAGGAAGUCAACUGACUACAACGGAUCAAGACGAUGAAGAACAAGAAGAUCAACAACCGUUACUGCAGCAAGACCUGAGCGAGGAGUUGAGAAGCUGUCGAGAUGAGGACUCACACCAGGCACUUUAAUAAGACCAGCGUUAUACCGGCAAAUAUAUUAUAAUCAGUAACGAUAAAAUUAAGUAUUUCAUAAAUUUGAUGUCGAGCACAGUGAAACGAAAAAUAUUCAUCUUUACUAGUAAUAAGUAAUCAAUAAAUUCAAUUUAUCUCCUCCAUCAUUCGCAUUCAUAUUAAUACCAGAUCAAUAUAAAAAAAAAACAGCUGUAUGUAGGCUAAAUCAAAUAUUAGCUCAAAAUAGUUUGUUAAAUAUGAAAAAGUGUUGAAUAAAAUAUAUUUUUCUUAUAAGCAAAUAAUAUGAAUAACAAUGUGCUCGAAAACGUUGCAUCUUAACUAUGAAAGCGCUAUCUAGAAAGUAAACUCUGCUUAUACUCUACAAAAACUAGUGGAUUUAUGUUUUCUUUUUGGUUCCACUUCCGUUAAAAGUUGUGUUAUUUUAUCGUGUUAUUAGUGCUAAGCAAAAUUGUAUUACUGAAUCCUAGCGUCAUGAACAUAUAACCCCGGCAGAGGUACAAAAUGUAUUGCAUUGUUAUAGCCAAGCAUGGAAGGGAACUCUUCUUUGUAGCCAACUUUUGGAGCAGUAUCAAAGUAUUGUUCGAAAAACUAUGAUUUUUUUU